UACAUGAACAUUGUCCAUUUAGUAAAUUGGGAAAAUUUGAGGAGUAAUGGGGCUGUGACUGGUCACUGUGUUAUUGUAUCCGUAUCUAAAAUCACCCAUAAAAAGUCACCCCAUCAACUUGCACAGUGUUGUGUGAGAGAGAGAGGCUGCUACUAAUAGCAUUGGCAUUUCUAUUUUUGCAUUUUGCUUGAACUCUCAAAGCUCCUCUCUUUUUCCUCUCACUCAUCAAGAACCCCACCCCCCCACCCCAAAAAAGAAAAUAAAAAAAUUCCCACCAUGAAAGAAGAAAUUAGGUAAUAAGAUGGUGGCAGAAACAUGGGAGGAAGACCUGUUGUGUUAGAUUCUGUUGUGAAGGUAUCAAAAAGAAAAUCAUAGGGUCACCUAGUAGUUAAGUUCACCAUGUCAAGGCAAGCUCAUCUUCCGCCUCGCUGCCCAUUUCAGAAGAAACCACUAACUUUCCCCGUUCAAGACCCUUUUAGCCCACCACCACACCAACAUAACCCGUUGCCUCCUCGACAUCAAAAAUCUAUUUCCCAAAGCUUUAUCUUAGAAGAGCAGCCUGCAUGGCUUGAUGAGCUGCUGAAUGAUUCGGGCUCAAAUUCUAGUGGCAUAUUGCAUAGGAGAUCAGCUAGUGAUUCUUUGACACUUUUAGAUGGUCUUGUUUCAUUGGAAGGCUUUGAUAAGUUUGACGAAACUGAAUCCAAUGCUUCUUGUGAAUCGGAUAGUAGUUCAAAGACUAAUUGUAUCUAUGGUCCUAAUUCGCCCCGUGGAAAGAGCAAUAUAACCUUUGCAGAGAAUGCUAUAGUUUCAGCAUUAUCAGAAUAUGUGUCUCCAAACCCUUUACAAUAUUUAGAUAGGUGUAUUUCUGUAUCUGGAGCUGCACAAUCGGAGUCAGUGGUAAAUGCUUCUGGUGCAGCUGAUGAUGUCAGUGCUGAGGCAAAGCCAAUGAAACGGCAUCCUGGACAGAGGUCGAGAUUCCGUAAACUUCAAUAUAUAGCUGAACUAGAGAGAACUGUCAACACAUAUGAGGCUAUAGAGUCAGAUUUAACUGCCAAAGUUGCUUCUCUACUUCAGCAACGUGUUACUUUAUCAAUGGAGAAUAGAGAGCUAAAGCAACAGAUGCUCAGACUUCAGCAAGAAAAAGUCAUUAUUGAUGCUCAGUACAGGUCAUUGAGGAAAGAAUUGGAAAGAUUGAAAUGUUUAGCGCAUUCUCGCAAUGGUAAGCUGAGCACCAACUUCAGGCUGAGUUCUGCUACUGAGAUAACUGGUUCGGAUACAGCUUGGCAGAUGCUGGACUUCAGAAAACUGGAUCUCAACUAAAAGGAAGUUGAUCUUGUUGGACACCUUUUCUUCAUGAUAAUAUCCUGCAGGAGCCCACUUCGAUCAUUUAUCUAAUAAAUGCAUCCCUUCUAGAAGUCAAGGGUUUGUUGCAACUCUUGAAUUACUACAGUUUUCUGAGUAGUAGGAACGUAGGUGAAACUCCUUCAGACUCAGCGUGUAAAUCCUCUUUAGAAUGUAGUAUGUUCCAAAUAGGAACUUCUAGGAUUAAGACAAUAACAGUGAAUAUACUGUCGUAACAUUUGAUGACUUGACGGUAUUAACAAAGGAUACCUCAGUGCACAAAACAUUCCUUGUUCACGUUGUAUUUGGGGAAGGCCCCACCUCAAGAGGUGUGACAUAGACAAGUAUUAGUGACAGUUUCCUUGACUCGAAUCGUGACCUAUAGGUCACACUAUCUUAAUAUGCAAGUUAAAAAACUUGGUAGUCUUUAUUCAAAAUCCAUUAUGUCUCCCACAUCCCUAUCUUUUAUUUUUAAAAUGUUAUGUGGAUCUUAAAUUUUCAGUA